UUCGGGGCCGAUCCGUACCUGCAAGGGGUGGCGGGCGGCGAGACAGUCAAGGGCAUCCAGAGCGAGGGCGUCAUGGCCACCAUCAAGCACUUCGUGGCCAACGAGCAGGAGCACUUCCGCCAGCCGUGGGAGUGGGGGCUGCCGCACGCCGUUAGCGCCAACAUCGACGACCGCACGCUGCACGAGCUGUACGUGUGGCCGUUCGCCGACGCGGUCAAGGCCGGCGUGGCAUCGGUCAUGUGCUCGUACAACCAGGUCAACAACUCGUACGCGUGCGCCAACAGCAAACUGCUCAACGGCAUCCUCAAGGACGAGCUGGGAUUCCAAGGGUUUGUCAUGAGCGACUGGCUAGCGCAGCAUGCCGGCGUGGCCACGGCGCUGGCCGGCCUCGACAUGACCAUGCCUGGCGACGGGCUGACAUGGGCGAACGGCGACUCGCUGUGGGGACCGCAGCUGACCAGGGCCGUCCUGAACGGCAGCGUGCCCGUGGACCGGCUGAACGACAUGGUCACGCGGAUCGUGGCGGCUUGGUUCCAGCUCGGCCAGGACGACGAAUCCAAGUUCCCGCGCCAGCCCCCCAACUUCUCCUCCUGGACGGACGACCGCAUGGGCGUCUUGGCGCCAGGCAGCCCGAGCGCGCAGGAUCAGGUGGUGGUCAACCAGUUUGUGGACGUGCAGGCCAACCACUCGAUCAUUGCGCGUGAGGUGGCAGCCGAGGGUACGGUGCUGCUCAAGAAUGAGGGGUUGCUACCCAUCAGCCGCCAGGGGCCGUCGGACUCGAAGCUCAAGCUGCGUCGCAGCACGGCGGAGAAGGCCACCGGGAAACGACAUGACGGGAAGUUCAAGGUCGGCAUCUUUGGGGAGGAUGCUGGUCCUGGAAAGGGACCCAACUACUGUAAAGACCGUGGCUGUAACCAAGGCACGCUUGGCUCUGGCUGGGGUUCCGGGGCUGUCGAGUUCCCAUACCUGAUUUCACCCGUCGAGGCUCUCCGCAAGCAGUUCGACAGCUCCAAAGUCGAGCUGCAUGAGUACCUGACCAACAAGCCCUCGUUGAGCGGCGGGGACAAGGCCACUGUCGACGAGCUGGAGCUGUGCAUCGUCUUCGCCAACGCCGAUGCCGGCGAAGGGUUCGUCGGGUGGGAAGAUGUGAAGGGCGACCGGCCGAACUUGAACCUACAAAACGGCGGCGAUGAUCUGAUUUUCGACGUGGCGGCCAAAUGUGGCGAUGGCGCCGGCGAUGUCAUCGUCGUGAUCCACGCCGUCGGUCCGGUGCUCAUGGAGAAGUGGAUCGACCUGCCCAACGUCAAAGCCGUGCUGCUGGCCAACCUGCCCGGCGAGGAAUCCGGCAACGCCCUCGCCGACGUACUCUUCGGCGACACCAACCCGUCCGGCCACCUGCCCUUCACCAUCGGCAAGUCCCUCGCCGACUACGGCCCCGGCGGGCAGGUGCUCUACCGGCCCAACGGCCUCGUUCCACAACAAGACUUCUCCGAAGGGCUGUACAUCGACUACCGCUACUUCGACAAGCAGGCCAUCGAACCCCGCUUCGAGUUCGGCUUCGGCCUCAGCUACACCUCCUUCGCCCUGACCACCCUGCGCGUCACGCCCCGGCAGCGCAAGUCCCCUCUCCCCAAACCUCGCCCCUCUCCGGCCGCGCAACCGCCCAGCUACCCGACCGCCAUUCCACCCAAGAGCGAGGCGCUGUUCCCGACCGCCGGGUUCCGCCGGCUCGAGAAAUAUGUCUACCCGUACCUGUCUUCGUCCGAGCUGGAUGACAUCGAGGUGGGGCAGUACCCGUACCCGGAGGGAUAUGAUACCGUGCAGCCGCCCAGCGAGGCUGGUGGUGACGAGGGCGGGAAUCCGGAUCUUUGGGCUAUCUAUGUCGAAGUUACUGUGGAUAUCAAGAAUGAGGGGCCUGCGGCGGGGGCGGCGGUGCCGCAGCUUUAUUUGGAGUAUCCUGAUGCUAGUGGCAAGGAAAGGGAAGGAGCGGUGGUGGACUUCCCUGUGCGAGUACUCAGGGGGUUUGAUAAGGUCUAUCUAAAGCCCGGGGAGGUGAAGACGGUGACGUUUAGUCUCACGAGGAGGGAUCUGAGUUAUUGGGAUGUGACGGCGCAGAACUGGCGUAUGGCUACGGAGGGACGGUAUGGGUUUAGGGUGGGGCUGAGUUCGAGGGAUUUGAGGGUUAGUGGGAGUUGGUGAUGUCCUGUUUGAAGGGGCUGUGAAUCAUUGAUUUAGCGUGUUCUUGGAUUAUCAACGUUGAGUACUGCGCUG